CAGACAACAACAACGUCCUAUCGCGUAAAAAUGUCGAAUUUCAACACGGAUAGUAGCGUUGCUAUUGAUCAGGAUUUUUACGAGAGUAGCUACAGCUAUGUUGACCAGAAAGAGCAGCCCUAUGGCGGAUACAGCUACGGUCAACAGUAUCCAGAUUAUGGACAAACAGCCCAACAGGUACCGACCUUCAAUUCCUAUCCUUCUGCAUCGCAUACCCAAGGGUUUUACGACUCGUCGUCGUAUGGCUAUGGAGGGAACUAUUCUUACGAUUACGGAGCUUCGGGACCCACGACUAUGAGUUCAAGUGGAAGGGGAGGCUACGGAAUGGAAGGAUCGAUGAAACCGCGACAGACAAGCGAAGACUACACGAGUUUUGAAGACGAACCUCCACUUCUGGAAGAACUCGGAAUCAAUUUUGAACAUAUCUGGCUAAAGACCCUAUCUGUUUUAAACCCAUUGCAACACACAGAAGCCAACAUCAUGGAUGAUACAGAUCUUGCAGGUCCACUGGUGUUUUGCUUGGCAUUUGGUGGAUGUCUUCUAUUGUCUGGCAAAGUACAUGGGUUUGGCUACAUAUAUGGAGUUGGUCUGCUUGGCUGCCUUGCUAUGUACGCCAUUCUGAAUCUGAUGAGCAUGACUGGAGUUGAUUUUGGCUGUGUUAUUAGUGUUCUUGGAUAUUGUCUUCUACCUAUGGUCAUUUUGUCCUGUAUCUCAAUUCUUCUCUCAUUACAGUAA